GGCGCCGGACCCGGAAGCGGUGCGGCUGAGUCACCGCGGCAGCGAGCGGCGGCGGCGAUGAGGCAGCAGCCGCGCAGGGCGGCGGCGGUAGCAGCAGCAUCCUGAGGAGCCGAGCAGCCCGGCAGCGCGAGGAGCCCCGCGGCCUUUCCGCCCGUCCCCGCCGCCACCAUGAUGGAGGAGAUAGACCGGUUCCAGGUGCCCGCCGUGCGCGCCGAGAUGCAGCCGCUGGAUCCAACCGCUGCAUCUAUUUCGGACAGAGACUGUGAUACAAGAGAGGGAGAGACUGUAGCCAUGAACUAUAAGCCGUCCCCACUCCAAGUGAAAUUAGAGAAGCAGAGGGAGCUGGCUCGGAAGGGCUCUCUGAAGAAUGGCAAUAUGGGAAGCCCAGUUAAUCAGCAGCCCAAGAAGAAUAAUGUGAUGGCACGGACAAGGCUCGUCGUUCCCAACAAGGGCUAUUCGUCACUAGAUCAGAGUCCAGAUGAAAAGCCACUGGUAGCCCUGGAUACGGACAGUGAUGAUGACUUUGACAUGUCCAGAUAUUCUUCCUCGGGAUACUCGUCAGCUGAGCAGAUCAACCAAGACUUGAACAUCCAGCUGCUAAAGGAUGGGUACCGGUUAGAUGAGAUCCCAGAUGACGAGGACCUUGACCUAAUCCCCCCUAAAUCGGUCAACCCUACCUGCAUGUGUUGCCAAGCCACCUCCUCCACCGCCUGUCACAUCCAGUAGUGAGGCCGGCAGGCUGUGAUCAGUGCUUUCCACUAUAACUGUAAAACUUAACAGCCAUUGCUUCCUCCUAUGGUAGGACGUGCACCUCUUUGUGUUCAUAGAGCCAGGAGAAACCCAAAAAUUCAUUUUAUGAUUGGUUGAUAAGUUAUUUUAAACUAUGGUUAAACAAAAAACAAGUUGCUCAAAGUGACAGGCAACGCCUGACACAACUGACUGGUCUGAAAAGUGAACGCAGAAGGGUCAAGAGACCGUUCUGGGGGUUUUGUAGGCACAAGAGAUGUUUCAUAAGGUGUGAGCUCCAGAACAGAAACAGUUAAUCCUACCUGCAAGAUCAAGAGUGAAUCUGAGGUGUGUCAAGGGGUUUUACCUGAGGUCAGUUCAUAGUUCAUUCACUAAGCAUGAUUUGAUCUGUGUAACCAAAAUUGUACCACAACAGAGGUACAAAUGGCAACAGAGUGGGACAUCCUUUCUUAUGGCAGCUCUAGCCAGGACUAACACAACACAAUUCAUUCACUUGCAAAGAGGGCGAAUAGGUGGCAUUUCACUGUGAGUCAGUACUAGCUAGAGCUGUUGUGUCACAUAUCCAGUGCAAUCUACCUUUGGCACCACAUUAAGUUAUCACCAAACACAUCACAUUUGAUUUACAAUCUAUCCAUGCUCUGAGGGGAUUCAGUCUUUGACUGAGAAUGCCAUACCCAUGAAUUCAGUUCACUUGAAUAUACUGACUUCAGCUUAUACUUAAUUCCUUUGAGACCCAUUUGCUUCCAAAAGUCUCCAACUUUGUUCGACUAAGAAAAAAUGAAACCUGCUAAGACAGGAACUGAAGGUCAGUGCUGAAAAAGCUAGCAGAAGAAAGCAUAUUUUUACAGAGCUUGGCUGUUGAUGUUCUUUUGACACUGCAUCUCUUGGUGCCUGUGGGAGAGAUUUGUUAACCUUGUGGUGUCAGACUUUAAGGGAGUUUUGAGCAACAGAGGGAUUAUGAGCAGAUUCAGCUGGAAAAAAAAAAUAAAAGCCACAAGAGGAAACUACUGUUUAUCACAUCUCUGCCCACCUGUGAGCCACGCUUUGUCUGUUAGAGCUGUCCCAUAUCAGGACCAUUUGUGUCAGGAAACCUGGCAUUACAUUUCAUUUCUGGAUUGAAUUGCCAGCUCACCAACAGAUUGUUUUCAAUGCAAAAUGAUUUCUGGAAUUAGGAGACAUGUCCUUUCCUGCUCAGCUUUACGCUGCUGGCUUCAGAAGACAUGUGACACAGAUGGUGGAUGAGCUGGCAUCAUUCUCUGAGGUGAAAACUUUUGACACAAGCACAACUGUGUCCUUUUCUGCUCAGCCAGAAAGACUGCCUGCAUUACAUCAGCACUUGCUUUAGAGACUUGUAGAGGGAAAAAGUUAGGACAGUUUUAAGUUUCCUAUCAGAAUUCCCCAGGCCACAAGAAAGAGCCUGAUCUCCACCCUGAAGUACAGAUCUCCCGCCUCAGAUUUACACAUCAUGAUCUGAUUCUCUAAGAAGUCUCAUCUCUCUUAGUGAUGAAGAGGCCCCUUAACACCCUGGGUAUUUUUCUGUGCAGUACAGGGCAUGACGUCGUGCACAGCAUAAGCGUAAGAGCAAGCAUUCAGGACUCCUGGGCUUCAUUCACUAGCUGGCUUCAGACAACUGUGAAAGAUGUCUUCCCCAUGCCUAAAACAGGGCUAUUGGCCCUAUCUGCCAAGGAACAGAAAGAGACUGAGCAGGCUUGUUUAAUGAGCAUCUCUGCCUCCUACUGCAGAAGCGCUGAUUAACUUGCCACCUCCCCUAGGAAGAGCGUUCCUCAAUUAGAACUCCUCUCAGUUUCUCAUCAUACAGCAGUGAUGAGGGGGAAUAUUUCAAGAGUGUUUCUAAAGAAGCACAAAGCUUCCAGUCCCCCCUUCCUUGUUUCUUUUGUGUGCCUGCUUUCCUCUCCAGUGCUCGCUUAGGUGUGAGAUGAGCAAAUUGUCUGAAGGGAUGAGGGGAGCUCUAAUGACACUGUGCUGGGAAAAAAUAUCAAGGAGUCUCUUUUUCAAAUGCAGAAUGUAGUCAAAAUUUUAAAGGAACCCCAUGGUCUAAAUAAAUCCUGUAGCACGUGGCCCAAUCUCUUUAAAGGCUCACACUUCCAAAGCAGGAUUUUGCAGUUCAGCAUUAGUACCAUGUAACACUGUCAUUGUGCUUCCUGAGUCAGUGUCUGUGCCUUCUAGCCGGGCUGCACACACUCAGCCUUUGCUGCAGCCCUUGCUCAGGAGCUCAGAGCAGUUUGGUGAGCUUCUCAAGCAAUGAGAUGUCUGUUUCCAUGGGUCAGCCCUUGCAAACUGCAGAUCCCACAGGUCACCAUCACAUCACCUUUGGGUUUCGACGAGGAUUGAAGGAGACAUGCUGAGAUGAGGACUAUAACUCUCUGUAACCAUUGCACCAUGGCACCUCAACCAAGUCCUUUCUUUGCUUCUGCUUUUAUCUGCCUGCCACAUGCCCUGAGGCAUUUUCCAGUUCCUGCAGCCACCCUCCACCCUUUGCAUUGUGUGAUGGGCACCUGCUUCCAGCAUAACUCCCUAAAGUCCCUUGGAAGGAGAUAUUCACUUGCACAUGGGAGGGAGGGAGAUUAAUUUAAAUGCUAACUAGGCCAGUGCUUCCUCCAAAUACAAAGAGAAGCACAGUCCCAGGGUUUUUCCCUGCUCACAGAAGGAUUUGGUUGCACAAAUAGCUGUUUUGGCAUGAUAGUACAGGACCAUAAAAUGGCAAUUUUUUGGCUUCUCCUCUCUAUGCUUUGUGUUCAUAUAUUUUAUUAGGGGAUUAAAGUAGAAAUGGUGGGGAUAAGUAGUUACCUGUGUAGAGUCAUUACCAGGAAGGCUGAAUGAAUUAAGGCAAUGCACGUGUGGCUAUCAUAGAUAACUGAUCACUAACCCUUCUGAGCUGCAGCCCUUUAAUCAGUUACGAUCAUGAGGUGUGGAUGUUGGCUUGUUACAGACCAUGAUGGCAAGCUCAGCAUUGUAUGUUAACAGUGGGUUGGAUUGGCUCUCCCUGUCUGCUCUUGUGUUCAGACCUUUGUUUCAGCCGUAAGGUUUUCCUCGUGCCCUCACUAAAGGUGAUGUGGUGGGUUCCCGGGAAGGAGUACACGAAUGUGGCCACUGCUCUUUGACACCACUCCAGCAGGUUAUCUGCUGCCAUGGCCUGGAGAAGGUUAAAGCAAAGAGCACAGCCCCUGACUCUUUGCUGCAGCACUGUAAAGCUAUAAAAGCAGUAGACAUGCUGGGUACUCUCCAAACUGCAGUUUGCUUGCAAGAAAGAGAAUCAUUUCUUAGCACCAGUGUUUGCAACAUACCAGAUGGCCUUUUCAGGCCCUAUUUUCAGUCCAAAAUGUACUGAAUACCAGGGAGAGGAUGCCACUGAGUAUGAAAGGUUGCAUUACUGUUCAUCUAAAUUAGCAAGCAGUUAAGAUAGCUUCUUUAUAAUGAUGCCAGCACCUCCAACAAAAAACUUCGAUGCUUCCUGAAGCCAGACUGGCUUUUGCUAGGAUUUUAAGUACUUUUCAUUUCCAAAUUCCUAGAGUUUAGGCAAAUCCUUUCCUCAUAUCAGAGGUCAGCUGUGCUCUUUAGCAUGAGCUGUCUUUGGACUUCAAGGUCUCAGUGCUCAACUCUGUUUCCCCAGUCUGCAAACUCCCCAUUUCCAAAUGUCUGUUUAUCCUCCCAGUGUCAAAGAAGGUCCUUAGAUAGCAGGAUCUGGUCUGCUUUUCUGGUGGCUGUAUAAUCUUCAGCUGGAAGAAGGCUGAUGUCUAGAUGACCAUCCCAGAGGCUCCUUUGAUCUUAGCAGACUUAUCUCGAAGCCAGCCUUUGGAAGAGGCACUGGAUCAAAUCUGAUGUCGCUGCAUGUCAGCCCCCAAGGUGUACAUUUGACCCUCCAGUCUGCUAUUCUCUGUCCAUCUUGCUUGCAGAUGCUUUGCAACUGCAAAAGCAGAGGGCCAAGCCUGGAGCACAGACUUCAAAAUGGACUUCUAGAUGCUGUGCUCACCCAUGGACAGGACAGACUCAGCUGCUCUGGUUUGGCUCUCCAUCUCCUUUCGCAGAAGGAGGCAGCUGCUCUGCUCAGCUGUGUGCUGGCGGACACACCGGUCUGAAAUCCUGAGCAGAAACCUUCUCUCUCCAUGCAAUUUGUCCCCCGGGUGGCCUGCAAGCUGUACAACAGUGCACAGGAAGCUUGAAAAGUGCAGCACCCUGCAUGUGACUCAACAGCAAAAUGAAGAUGCUUUUGAAGGAAGGAGAGACCCAGCUGAGCACCAGAUGGAAUGAUAGAAGAAAAACAAGCAAUAGCUGGAAAGGCUGCCAAAUGCUGCCGUGGGCCAGGACAUGUCCCAGUAUUCCAGGCUUAUCUAUCUCAGUACAGUGCCGACACCAGCAAGGAGCAAAUCUUGCUUUCAGAUGCACACUCAAAAAACACCAUGUCCCUGGUAUGGCACUACAGCCAAAUACUACUGCAAAGAAUCUACUGGACCUACAGAGCACAGAAAUGAGAUCGUGCUGCUUUUGGCACAUGUUAGAUGUUUGCUCUAGCCUCAGGCAAGUCACAUCCCCUCUAGUCAUCCAUUCCCUUCUGCUGCACUGGGAAGAAAUCUGCCUUCCCAGGACACUACCACCUUGCAUGGAUGUUACUGAGUGUACAGUGGGCACCAUUGUUAGAAUAGCUCUGCAAGCAAGAUGCAAAAAACAUGCUAUAAACAGGUAGUUUCAUAAUUCUACAAAGAACAGCAAGACAACUCUCCCUCAGUUUACCUGCUUCUGGUUCUAUUCUUGUAUCAGAAUGCUGCAGAGUGGAGCUUAGUAGAGAGAUUAAGCAGCUUUAGGGACAGAUGUUUGGCAAGGAUAUGUUUCCCAGUUAUUUGGUUCUUGCCUUUGCACAGCUGGCUACUCAGUGUGCAUGCUGACACAGAGAAUGUGUAGUAACAUUCAGUGGCCCAACAGCACCAUCCCGUGCUAGCAGAGUUAAGGGAUUUCAAAGUGCAGGUGUUUUUACAACUCAGAUAGUGAGCUCUAAUUGAAUGGAAGCGAUCACUGAAAUGCUCAUUUGUGAUAUUACCAAGGCAGUUUCAUGCUUUUAUUCUUAGCAUUUAUGUAACAAUACAAGAUGUAUUUGUCGGGUCUCUCCCUUCAUUUUUCCAUUCUUCCUUCAAGCACACAUGGGGUAUGGCCCUCCCACCUAUACCAAAACAGGCUUUGUCACCUGGCUGCUGCUGGGCUCAGCAAGCACAGGCUGCACGUGCCACCCUGAAUGUACCCUGGUUUUGGCCUCUGGCAUCCUUCAGAGCCGUCUCUUCACAGCUUCUGUCUCUCUCUGCUUUUCAUGUAUUGAAAAUAGAUUUUCAUAGUUGGUCAGUGUGUCCUCUAGGAGGACACAACAUCCUUGUCAUUUCCUGUCAAGGCUUUCUUUUGCAAGAGAUCACUCCAGACCUUGAACUGCACUUCAUCAGACAAACCUGCCCGUUGCAGAGCCAUGCAGCUCUGAAGCAGAAGGGCUAUCAGCUUAGCACAGAAGGGUCAGCUGUGACCUGGGAUUGCAUACAGAAGGUUAAUGCCGCACUAACCCAGGAGCAGGCUUCUCACAGGGGCUGCCAUCUGAGAUUUCACUACCCGUGUAAUGCAGCUGAACCGUUGCCUUGCUUCCCAAAAAUUGCAGCUAUAUCCUUUCCUGUGACCCCAAACACUGGUGGCAGUCCCAGGAUCACAGCAGCCAGGUGCUGUCUGGCUGAGCACUCCUCUGGCAGCUUGCUGGGAAGGCCAGGGACAUGGCUAACUGAAGUUACAUGGAGCAGAGCAUGCAGAAUGCCAUGGCACAGAGCAGAACACACACACACCAGCACAGACUGCAGCUUUCCCUGGCACCCAUAGAGAGCAACUCUUCCCAUUGCUUCCCAGACUAAAUUGCCAGCAGAAACUGGUGGUAGGUCUGAGCCAAAGAUGCAUUUGCUUCCAGAAGGAGCACAUCUUGCUGAUUGCACCCAGUCUGUGAAACAGUCAUUUCCAUAGCAACAAAUGGUGAGAGGGGCAGUGGAAUUGUAUCUGGGAGUGGAAGGUCCAAUUGAAACGUCAUUAAAAUGUUACUUUCAGAUGUGUCACUGGAAACAGAGCAGUAAGCACUGGGAAAAGAAGGGCCACUGAUAGGCUGCGCUGAGAUAAGUCCUGUUAUUUGCUGAGGUGUUUGCCCUCCCCUAGCUGCCCAUUUACCUGCCCCAGGUGAGGUCUCCAUUAAGCUGUGAUGUGAUACAGACCCAUGGAGAGGUGGAAAACUUGGGCCAGCUCUCCUCACAGCAGCCCAGCAGGAGAUGCAGCAAGUGUGACUGUUGGGAGAGCCAGUGAGACAGCCAGGAUUUCCCUUUGCCCUCCUGAUCAGCCCAGAGGAAAGAGGGGGGGCUGAUGGUCACCCAGGUGAUUUUAAAACCUUGGUGUGAGCCAGCAUCACCCUGCUGGGUCUGGGACUCAAGAUCCCUGCAUGAGCCUGACAGCCAUGGGAGGCACGGCUGGGACAUCUGUCAGUGGUUCCCUUGUCUGCUAUGAAGCAAAUGCUGGUAGGCGUGCAGUUCUGCAGGGGGAAUAGCUCUAGCAGAGGACAGUCUUUGCAGAGGAGAAAAUCCAGAAAGAUAUUCCCCUUUCUCCCCUUAUGCACAUUUAUAACCAUUUAAAAUCCUUUCAUGGGGUCUACUGAACCUUCAGUUUAAUAAAGAAGGGAAUGAACCACUACAAAACAGCUUUCUGAAAGGUUCUGAAAGCAGAUGCCACUUGCAUGCAGAGCUGCUCUGUGUCUAAUGUGCAUCUUCCAGAGCUCACCGCAUCCUGCAGCUGAGUCCCCUUGUGUGCUGUGUGGGGCUGUGGAGGGAGAGCCAGAGCUGACCAUCACACCAACAGCUACAGCUUCCCAAACUAUGGAAGGGUUAGACAAGGAAGCAAGGAAAGCAGCAGCAGUGAUAGAAGUAUAAGUAGUUGUCACAGGUAAACUUUGAUAUCUAUGUCCAAUGGUUAGUUCUAGAAUUGCAAGCCUUGUUAUAUUGCAUACGUCCUCCUUUCACUCCUUUCUCAAAGCAGCCAUCAUCUUUCCCCCGUCCCCACCUUGAACUGGUCUUGGGCAACACAGGCAGUUGCACCAAAAUGAUUCUCAGCCCCAUCCUGCAUUCUCCCCCUCCUACCCAAACCCAAAGCAGUCCAGACAGCUGUUGGCUAUCGCAAGUCUUAAUUUUUAGUAACUCCACUUGAGUUUCUUUCUUCGUGUACUAUAGCUUCCUCCACAAGCACCCCAGCAGGGCAGUACAAGAGGCUCUGACCAUGUCCCAGGAAGCUUCUUUGCCCCCUGGCAGCACCCUGCAGACAUGCACCUUACUGGGAACGUAUGGGUCAGUGCUGGUGAGAGCCAGCACUGCUGACCUCAUGCGUCACAGCUGAUGGGGAUCCACCAGGGGAAGCUGGCAGGGAGUGGCUACUGUCCCUUUUCUUUUAAAUUUGGAGGGAGAGGGGGAUAUUUUUGGCAUUUAGAUUAUUGUCCAUCUUCUAGUGGCCAAGUUCUGGGCUGCAUUAAUAAUUGGGGUCGAUGGGCUGUCUGGGCAGGUAUGGAGCUUCACACCAACCUCAACAGCAAAUGCCAUGGCUGUAUUCAUGGCUGAGUUUCUCCCGUGCUGGCAAAGAGCAGGCUGUGCAUCCAGCAGGCUCCGGAUGACCCGGCAGGCAGGGAGAAAGCCCUCUUCUGUGUUCUGAUCAAGUCCAUUUCAUAUCCUCAGCUUGAAAGAAACUAAACCCGAGGAAAUGCUUCCAAGGUCUCCUUCCACCACGCAGUGCCUGGUGCCCAGCGGAGGCAUUUGUGGGUCACUGAAAAUGGGAUCCUUCUGGGAUAUAUUUAAUGGAAAUGCCUUUCAGGAGAGACCUCCCAACCUUUUCCUUAAUCUCAGAACAGGGGAUGAAUUUCCAAGCUGUCCUUGCAUAUAGUGAAACAUAGCUGAAACAGCCAAAUGCAAAGUAGAGUUAAAUGUAGGGUUUGACCUGAAUAACCUUUUAAUUAGGAAGAUAAAUUUGUUGUAGCUUGACCUUAGUCCAUGUUAGGAACCUGCUAAUCAUGUGACAUGCAGAGUGUAUUAAUGCUGCACUUAACUUGGCCAUUGGUUUUAUUAUCUGGUUUGGGGAGUUUUUCACUCCCGAAGCAUCAGUCUGCAUCUCGUAUGUUCCUUUCUUCUUUUUUCUUUCCUGUUCAGAACAUGUAGCACAUGUUGUACUUCUGUUCUCGUCCGCGUAGAGUAUUGCCUUAAACAGAUCGGUUGUGUUGUGGUUUGUUUUGGGUUUUCUUUUUUUUUUCUACCAUCAGUUUUGUGCAUUAAUUUAUUUAAAAAUGUGUUUUUGAAGAAAAGAAAAAAAAAAAAACCACCAUGAAACGUAUAAUAUUUUUUUUUUAACAUUUCCAUGGCAGUAUUUAUCAUUGUUACUGGUUGUGUGUAGUGUAACAAUUAAUGAUAUUAAAAAGCAUACAUACAAAAACCA